UUGGUUACUGCGAAAUAUCAGAAUGAAGAACGCACUGCUUCGAUAAGUUCAAUUGACGCUUCAUGUGAUGCUACUGAAAUUAUACGAGGAUUAUCACCAGAUACCGAUUGUAGCGGACGAAAAGUUUCAUUUAGUACUGCACCGAUCAAGGUAUUUUCAACCCAUAGUGUAACAGAAUAUGACCGUCGAAAUGACGAUAUAGAUCCAAUAGCUUCAUGUGCAGAAUAUGAAUUAGAGCGAAGACUUGAUAAGAUGCAGAUUUUUGAUGUACAACUUGAGAAAGGUGUCGAGGGUCUUGGUGUAUCAAUAAUCGGAAUGGGAGUGGGUGCAGAUUCUGGCCUCGAAAAACUUGGAAUAUUCGUAAAAAGUAUCACACCAGGUGGUGCGGUACAUCGAAAUGGUUUAAUACGUGUUUGUGACCAGAUUGUUAGUGUUGACGGUAUUAGUUUGGUCGGUGUCAGUCAAAUAUUCGCGGCUGAAACGCUUCGUGCAACUGGAAAUAAGGUUACUUUUACGAUAGGUCGGGAAAUUAAUCUUGAGGAAAGUGAAGUGGCUCAAUUAAUUAAACAAUCAUUAGAGGCAGAUCGUCUGCACGAAUCGGAACAUGUUGAAGAUGAUAUAGAAACGGAUGAAAGUGAUGAAACUCCUGUAUCGACGACAAGAAGAUUUUCAGAAGAGGAACAGAAAAUUCGAGAACGAAUAACCGCACUUGAAGUGGAAUUGACUGAGUCGCAGAAGAAGGCCGAUCAAAUGAAGAUCGUUCUCGAGAGCUCAAGAACUCAUUACGCUAUGUUAGAGAGUAAAUAUGAACAAGCAAAUCAACUUUUACGAAGUUAUCAAGAAAGAGAAAAAGAAUUGCUUGAACGGGAAGAAGCACAUGUUGAUCAACUUCGACAAAAGGAUGCUCAUUAUAGUACUUUGGUGUCGCAGUUAAAGGAACGCAUUGAAGAACUUGAAAAGAAACUUGAAGAAAUGGCACAAAGGCGAACGGAUGUGAUGGAAGGUGAACUUAUGGAACUCAAAGAACAAUUGGCUGCACGUGAUGUUAGCCCAGCCCUUGCUUAUAAACCAACUUGUUCUACUGAAAAUCCUCAUGAGAAAGUGGUGGCAGUCAAAACUAAUCGAUUGCCAUUGUCAAUUUCUCGUCAUAAUGGUUGCGGAGAACAUUAUGAUAGUUGUCCCGAAUCAUGUGAUGAUCAGAAGUCGUCUUGUGAUAGUCCUGUCCCUCGUAUUUCAGAGCCAGCGAGUCCAGCCAUGCCGCAUAAAUUUGCUCAUAAGAAAAUUCUUUUUCCACUUCGUCAUGAACAUGAGUUUUGGCGUGACACUUUCCACUCAGUUCGGGGGCUUCAAGUAUUGCAUUGGACACGUGAUGAUGUUUGUCAGUUAUUAAUCCAAAUGGGUCUUGAUAAAUAUAUUCCUGAAUUUACUGUAAACGAGAUCAACGGCACCAAAUUUCUUGAUUUAGAUGGCAGUAAAUUGAAGGCAAUUGGCAUCCAGAAUCAUUCAGAUAGAGCCGUCAUUAAAAAAAAAGUUAAAGCAAUAAAGUCAAAAAUAGAACGAGAACGAAAGACAUUAGAAAAAGAAAGCCGUCAGCGUACUGUUGCACCGUUGCAAUAA